GAAUGCAUUAUUGAUGAAGAUUGUGAGACUGGAAAAUACUGUGAGUUCUCUGGACUGGAGUACAAGUGUCAUGUGUGCAAAACUCAACACACACGUUGUUCUCGAGAUGUGGAAUGUUGCGGACACCAGCUAUGUGUCUGGGGCGAGUGCAUAAAAACUGCCUCUAAAGGAGAAAAUGGAACCAUCUGUGAAAACCAGCAUGACUGCAGUCCAGGAUUGUGCUGUGCUUUUUCAAAAGAUCUUCUGUUUCCUGUGUGCACCCCAUUAGCAGGCGAGAGAGAACCUUGCCACGAUCCUUCCAACAGGCUUCUCAAUCUCAUUACAUGGGAACUGGAGCCUGAUGGAGCCCUGGAUCGCUGCCCCUGUGCUCAUGGAUUGAGCUGUCAAAUGCAAAGUUCCAGCAGCGAUUCUCGCUGUGUACUCCCAUUUAAUAAGACCCAAUCUGAUGAGAAGAACCCUUCAAUAAUGGAUGAAAUAGCACUUCUGGAUUUCGUAACACAAGAUAUUCCUGGUGACUAUGAAGACAGGCUGGUCAAAGAAGUGCAAAAAGAUCUGGAGGAAGAAACAGCUGACUCAAGGGAGCUGGAAGACCUGGCCGCUGACCUGCUUUGGGGAGAUGAAAUCUAAGUGAAUGAAACAAAUCAGUGGAUUGUUCACACAUUUUUAGCAAUUGACAGGUGUAUUGUUUGAUGUCCCUGCACAAAAUGAGCCGCCCAGAGACCUUUGCGUAGAGUGGGCGGCAUAUAAGUUGAAUGAAUGAAUGAAUAAAAUAAACACAUGCAUCUACAUACACCUACCUUCUCUUUCUGCUGCAUAGAAGUGCAAUAAUCAAGAAUAUAUUUUACAUAGUUAAUAGCCCUCUGCCCUGCCUGACAAGCUAUUUUCUUUUCUAAAGCUCAACCCAAAUUCUGCUUUACCAAAUACGACCAGUGGCUUUCUGUACGGACAAAUUCUUAAAAUUUAAAAACAAAGCGUGUUUUGAGCUUGUUAAUCAGUACAUUAAUUUAAGUCUAUUUAAGAUUAUUGGUGGUUGUUUGAGCACUCUGUUUUCUGUAUAUAUUGUUUGUUCUUUUAAAAAAAUUAUCAGAGGAAGAACUGGUGUUUCAACUGGAUGCUGUUUUCUUUUUUAUUCCCUUCUCUUAAAAAUAUAAUCAGUGAAAUUGCAAUAAAUACUGUGCUUGGGUUUUUGCUGUUGUUUUUAAAAACAAUUACAAGGCAGCAAGCUCUCAGAUGAAGUAGAAUGGACAAUUGCUUGAAUAUUUCUGCUCUUUGAAAAUCCAGGUUGAAAGGCACCAUUGACUUUAGCAAGAGCAAAAACAAGUACUUCCGAGGGUCGUUUCCAGUGGGAAAGGGUGGUUAGCAGCCAGUCCUUUGGGUAGCUGCAUUUUCUGUCCCAGGAUGUGUAUCUUGCAUGUGCCAAUCUGUAAAUGAGCACAGUAAAGCCACAAGGUUGGAGUUACAUAGGUACAGCCUGUUGCCUUUCCAAGAAAUAUUGCAUUUAUUACUAAUAGAGCUAUGAAUAUAAAUGAUUGACUCAGUAAAAUUAUUUUUAAAAUAAGGUAGUGCUUUUGAAAAGAUGCAGCCUGCUCUAAAUUUCCUGUCAAGAAUAAAAAACUGUCAGUUAAAUCUA